AUGUCUCACUCACACGACGGCGGCGCCAGCCACUCCCACUCCCAUGAUGCCAGCAUCUCAGCUGCUGAGCAUGGCCACUCGCACGAGAUCCUUGACGGGCCCGGCAGCUACCUCGGCCGCGAGAUGCCCAUCGUAGAGGGCCGCAACUGGUCUGACCGAGCCUUCACCAUUGGCAUCGGCGGACCCGUGGAUUCCGGCAAGAUGGCCCUCAUGCUGGCGCUCUCGCGGGCGCUGCGCGAAAAGUACUCGCUCGCCGCCGUGACCAAGGACAUCUUCACGCGCGAGGACGCCGAGUUCCUAACCCGCCACAAGGCCCUGCCGGCCUCGCGCAUCCGCGCCAUCGAGACGGGCGGCUGCCCGCACGCCGCCGUGCGCGAGGACAUCUCGACCAACCUCGCCGCGCUCGAGGACCUGCACCACGAGUUCGACACGGACCUCCUCCUCAUCGAGUCGGGCGGCGACAACCUCGCGGCCAACUACAGCCGCGAGCUCGCCGACUUUAUCAUCUACGUCAUCGACGUCAGCGGCGGCGACAAGAUCCCGCGCAAGGGCGGGCCUGGCAUCACGCAGAGCGACCUGCUCGUCGUCAACAAGACGGACCUCGCCGAGAUUGUCGGCGCCGACCUUGGCGUCAUGGAGCGCGACGCCCGCAAGAUGCGCGAGGGCGGGCCCACCGUCUUUGCCCAGGUCAAGAAGGACGUCGGCGUCGACCACAUUAUCAACCUCAUCACGAGCGCCUGGCGGGCCAGCGGCGCCGAGGGCAACAGGAAGGCUGCCGGUGGGCCGCGGCCGACGGCGGGGCUCGAGGAGCUGAAUGCGUGA